CGUGAGCGCAGCGCCAAACCCAAACCUUUUUACGCAGCCUUCGUCCUGCAGCGUCACCUCUGCACUUCCACACCUGAGCAUCAGCGGCUGCAGCGGCGCUCCUGCUGUCCUCCCGGCCUGAGAUGGAUUGAUCUCCCCCCAGGGAGCCAUGCUUCAUCCCGCUGAUCAUUUAGGAUCGCGGUACCGAGUCCUUGCAGGGAACCUUGCCGUCUUGAAAGGACCAGAUUUCCGCAUUCCCGCAGCCGCCGUGCGCACUGCGGGCGCGGAGCUCAGAUCCAUGAUCUCAACAGAAAAGAAAACCGGUUCCUCCAGCUCUUCUGCCCAUCCUUCGCUGGUCCUUCUUGGUUGUUUUCACCGGCAGAGGCGGACAGACCUGCUGCUGACAGGGUGUCCUCGGCCGGCUUUGGUUCUCCUUUAACGCCUGCUUCAUGUCCCAGGAUGGAGGACUGCUGCCGCUCCUGCUGUCCCUGCCUGAACCGGCUCUGGAACCGGAUCUGGCCAGACAUCCGCUACCCUCCGGUUCCCAAUCUGGUCAUCGCCAACCCGGCGGCCCAUCCGGCAGAGAUCCGCACCAUUUCUGGUGACAUCCGCGCCCCGUCGCCCAAGAAGCGGCCGGUGCAGCUGUACGCGGCGCUCUUCGACUUCCAGGCCCGGAGCGACGACGAGCUGACGGUGAAGGAGGGGGACAAGCUGUCGGUGAUCGAGAAGAGAGGAGACUACGUGCUGGCCAAGAAGCUGACCGGCUCUCCGCAGUCCGGACUCAUCCCGGCCAACUACGUGGCUCUGCUGCAGGACGAGUUCGCCAAACACAAGUGGUACUAUGGGAACAUCAACCGUGUGAAAGCUGAGAAGCUGCUUCUCGCUUCCCAAAACAAAGAUGGAGCGUUCCUGGUCCGCAUCAGUGAGAGUCACAGUGAUGAAUACACAAUAUCUGCCCGAAGUGAGGGGAAAAUAUUCCACUUCAGGAUCCAGCGCUCUGUGAUCGGAGCUUAUUUUAUCUCAGAUAAGAUCUCUUUCGCCACCCUGGGUGAGCUGAUCUCUCACUACCAGAAGAACCCACGCAGCCUGGGAGUGAACUUGAUGGAGCCAUGUGCCCAGCAGCGGAAGCGGAAGCUGCUUUAUUCUGCUUUCUUUCUCCUGUUUUUAGAGGACACAAAGCAGGAUGAGUUUGUGAAGGAGGUUCAGGCGCUGAAGAGCCUCCAUCACCCAAAGCUGAUCCAGCUGCUAGCCAUGUGCUCCAGAGGAGAGCCUGUCUACAUCAUAACUGAACUAAUGAGCAAAGGAAGCCUUAAGUCAUACCUUGCCUCUAAUGAAGGCCAACUUCUGAAAACGGCUCAUCUCAUCUACAUGAGCGGUCAGAUUGCAGACGGUAUGGGCUACUUGGAGGACCGACACAUUGUUCACAGAGACCUGGCUGCCAGAAACAUUCUAGUGGGAGAUGAUCUGGUCUGCAAGGUGGCUGACUUUGGACUGGCUCGGAUAAUCAAGGACAGUGUAUAUACGGCCAGUAGAAGCACAAAGAUCCCAGUGCGGUGGACGGCUCCUGAGGCCGCACUGCACCAACGCUUCUCGGUGAAAUCGGACGUCUGGUCGUUUGGUGUGCUGCUUUACGAGAUGAUGUCACGGGGCAAAAUGCCUUAUGAAGGUAAAAGCAAUAAGGAGGUGCUGGAAAUUUUAACAUCAGGGCAUCGGUUGGGACAACCCAACCGCUGUCCACAGAAUAUUUACCGGAUCAUGUUAGACUGCUGGCAUUCUGAGCCAUCCAAAAGACCCUCGUUCCACGCUCUGCAGAGCCAGCUAGACUCCAUAUAUGAACGGAUUUAUUACAAGACCGUAGAGGUGUAGAAGGAGACGGGGCCUGGCUGGAGAACUAUGAUCUUCCUCUGCUAAAUGCAAGCCCAGAAAAAGGAAACAAAUCUAAGGAAUAAGGAAACAAUAAUGAAUGCUGCUGCUCUUACUGUGUGGUAUCUUAAAAAGGUUUGGAAAAAGACCGGUUUGUCAAAGGAAGAUGAGGACCAAGAAGAACAACAAAAGCUGCCCAACAUGGAUGGAAUGAUGGAGACAGAAAGGAAGAUAAACUUGGAAGGAAACUGAAGGUAUAUCAGAGGCUGAGUAAAAGAAGCUGAAGAGAGGAGUCUUUAAAUAAACUCAUGUCUAAAAAUAAAACUGAAGACUCGAGCCGCUCCUGGACCUGUUUUUAAAUUCUACACUUUUAUAGAUUAUAACUGAAAAUGUCUUUAUGUGCCAUGUUGGAAAUGUUACAGGCUUAUAAGCCAGGGGGGUUAAGUUACCGAUUCACUUCUGUUUUGGUCGCAAAACGUAGUGAAUUUUGAGAUUUGGUGCAAUAUAUGAAUGAAAGCUGGAUGUUAAGACACAUGUAGCUGAUAAGUUUAAUUAGUUUUUCACUUAAACACUUUUCCCUCUAGUGCUGAAUAUCUGGAAGAAAAGGUUGGAUGAUAGUUUGGUUCAGAAGUACCUUUUUAAACUUCUUAAAAGAACAGAUUCUGUUGUAAUGUGGUGCCUCCAAAGGAUGUUGCCUCUCAUUAAAUCAGACAGGAUAACUGAAUUUUACAUCAGUGUCAAGAGUUGUUUUAUAUUAAGAGAGAGGAAAGUCUUUGCAGGAAUAAACUUUAAAGCAAAUCACUAUUCUUCCUCUGUCAAGAGAAUGCAUUCUGGGUAAUCAGUCAAUAUUUUGAGAUUGACUGACAAGCUAAUAGGGUUUUAAAUGUGCGCUUAUUCGUUUUCAAGCUCACAGUAUAUACAAUAGGGUUCACAUUUUUUAAGGAAGCUCAACUUUACAUAUAUAAAUUUAUCUUAGACCUGAAAACCCAUCCAAGAAUAACAUUCUCCUCUUUUGGCUCUCAUGUUGAAUAUCAAAUAUGGCUGCCAAUUGUACACAACUUCACCACCGCUACUGUUGUAUCAGCUAAUGUUUACAUCUAGGGCCAAAAGAAGAUAAUCAUCUUUACAGGGUUAUUUAAUAUGAAAAUAGAUCAACUUCAAUAUGGGAUUCAUGCAAGUCCUACAACUUUUUCACAAUAUGAAAAUAUUUUCUUAUUAUUCAUCAAGACCUACCUAAAUUUAAACGUCUAUAGGUUGUUUUCAAUCAAACCAAGUGAGAUUCAGUAAAGAAUCCCACUGUGAGUCCAGGCCCAAUUACAAUCCAUCCAGUCUGAAUAAAAUCCAUAUUUUCACUUCUCUGUAGCUCAUAAAAUGGCAAUAAGGGAGAACUCUAUAGUUUCAUGGUUGGGGAAUACAGCUCUUUUCAAAUUUAAAUCUGAAAUCUGAUUUAAAAGAGCGAUCUUAGUUUAAUCCAACGUAUAACAUUAUAGAAAAUAGCAUUAUAAUCAAGACAAAGUGUUCUCUACUAGUAAAUUCAAGUAUUCUAAGCUACGAAUAGUCUGUUAAGAAAAUGUAUGAUAUUAUGAUAUAAAUGUAUCAUAUUUUUCAAGAAACUUUAUCAUUUAAAAAAAAAUAUUUUCAAGUUUGAAGCACACAAAGAGCCGUAUAUGCCCUGCCUGACAUUUUAUGAGCUACCGGGCUAAUGGGUAUGCAUUCUUUAUACCUGUCAUUAGAGGAGACUAUUAUAUCAUAAUCAUUAAACCCUUUCUUCUUCUCGCUUUUUGCAGAAGGUGAAUGAUGGUACUGAAAACUUUACUUUGACUGUCAGCCUAGCUUGGCAUAAUAAUUUGGAGCAAAAAGAAGCAGCAAACAUAACGCCGUCUAAUGUUAGAAACCCUUCUUCCAAGGCAUGCAGAGCUCACGCUUGGUGUUUCUAGUGUCAUUUGGGUUACCUCCUUUGAUUUUCUGCUUGUUGGCUUGCAAAACCUUUGUAGCAGUAAUAUCUGAUAACUGUUGCAGCCUUGAUUGGUUGUUUUUCUACAACACUAUGCUAAACUGGGCCCAGAUCAAGUGACCCAUGUCUUCCAUGUGGUACUAGGAUUAUUAUUUAAUUCCUGCUAAAUAUGCACAUAAUGUUUACUGUUACUAAAUUAUUGCUUAUAAGCUAAUGAGCAUGAUGGCUUGCCAGCAUCUUAAUGUGUUCUAUGUUAGCAUGGUAAUUCAUCAUAUAUGUGUUAUUUUUGGUACAUGUAUUGCUGCCCCUUAACACAAUUCGUUAACCUGUUACACUCUGACCCUAAAGCCCAUUUGAUGGUAAACUAACGGACUGAAAUAUCUACUGUUCAGCUAAAUGACUUAUGUUCCAGUCCUGCUUUCAGUACAGACUUAAAAUGUUUUUAUUUUAUUUUAAUUUGUCCACUUCUUUGAGUUUCCUGGCUUCAUGUGGAUCCAUUUUGUCUUGUCGCCAGAGGGUCUUUUAAACAGUUUACCCUUUUUCACAGGGUUGUACUGUAUGGCGGUUUGGCUUCAUGUCACAUAUCUGAAACAUCUUAAAAAGAGCAUUUUUAAAAUGCUUUUUUUGUCAACACAAGAUGCAUUAAAUGGUAAGUAAACCAGCGCUUGAAAAGCCACCGGAGCACAGUGCCAUAUAACCAGGCCUUAAGCUCUUUUAAUGGGCCACACUGAUGUCCAGUUACAACUACAGUGCCUAUGUUUACAGUACAGACUGUACGCAGUUAACCAAUGAUAUACGAACUACGCAAAGGAUAGGAUGGACCUUUGGACAAGAAAGACUAGCAUGGCGGCACAGAAACGUUGUGUUGGGUUAUCUUCAUUUGAAGCACAUGAAACUGUAAUGUUGCAACUUGCAAUGCAAUUUGUGAAUUAACCAAUUUUGGUGUUUUUAUGCAUGAAAUUUGCAGCAGAUGAAGCCAAGUUCAGGAAACUUGAGCCAUAAUCACCAAAUUAUGAGUCAAUGUUUGUAUUUAUGGCUGUUUGUGUUCAGGUACCAAAUACAAAUGAUGCGAAAAAAUAAAGUAU